CGCCCCGAGAGAAGAACUGCCGGCGGAUUUGUGACGCGGGGGUCACAGCUUGAUAGCAAAUUGAGGGGUAGCGAGAUUCCGAUAACGUUCUAUUUAAAGCGGAUGUUGGCUUUCAUCGUACGCUAGUGACCGUUGACUCCAUACGUCUCCUCGUCUUAGCUCAGAUCACGCAACCAAACCAUUAAUCUUUUGUAAAUCUGAAAUAUUCUACUAUAGUCAAUAUGCCUGGAAAGAUUCGCACCGCUCAAACUGUUUCUUUUGAUGUCCCUGCCGCUGACCAGCCAGGCCUACACAAUCGCUGGCAUCCUGAGAUCCCAUCCAUAUCUUCAAUCAAACCCGGAGAAACCGUCAAAAUCGAAUGCCUAGACUGGACUGGUGGGCAAAUCGGAAACAAUGACAGCGCCGAUGAUGUUCGAGACGUCGAUCUCACCAAAAUCCACUACCUGACGGGCCCAUUUGACAUUGAAGGAGCAGAGCCUGGAGAUCUUCUCGUUGUCAACAUCACCGAUGUCCAGCCUUUCGACCACUCCCCAUGGGGCUUUACCGGCAUCUUCUCUAGCAAGAAUGGUGGUGGCUUUCUUGAGGAGCACUACCCCCAUGCCUCCAAGGCGAUUUGGGAUUUUGACGGCAUCUAUUGUACCAGUCGCCAUAUCCCAGGUGUCCGCUUUGCAGGAUUGAUUCAUCCCGGUAUUCUUGGCUGUGCACCAUCAGCAGAAGUACUCGCCGAAUGGAACACUCGCGAGGCGGAUCUCAUUUCUACCUGCACUACUUCCCACCCAAAUAAAAUCGUUGCGCAGCCUCCCAAUGAGAUUAACGCACAUACAGGCCAAGCAGAAGGUGAUGAACUCAGGGCAAAGAUUGCGCGUGAAGGAGCGCGAACCAUCCCCGGUCGUCCGGAGCACGGCGGCAAUGUCGACAUCAACAACAUCUCACGAGGCUCAACUACGUAUCUGCCGGUCCAUGUGGGAGGUGCCAAGUUUUCUGUUGGUGAUUUACACUUUAGCCAAGGUGAUGGCGAGAUUAGCUUCUGCGGCGCAAUUGAGAUGGCUGGAAUCAUCACCAUCAAGUUUGAUCUCAUCAAGGACGGCAUGAAGACACGAGGACUAAAGAGCCCCGUUUUCAGACCUGGUGAUGUCGCUCAACUAUUCGGACCGUCGCGAUAUUUGACCUUUGAAGGCUUCUCCGUGGACGAAUGGGGCAAACAACACUUUAUGGAUGCGACCGUCGCAUACCGCCAGGCGUGUCUAAGAGCAAUUGAAUAUUUGAAGCAGUUUGGCUACUCUGGUGAACAAAUCUACCUGCUUCUGUCGUGCGCCCCUAUUAAAGGAGCAAUCGCGGGUAUCGUCGACAUUCCAAAUGUGUGCACUACGCUCGGCUUACCAAUGGAUAUUUUCGACUUUGAUAUUUCCAUUGAGAAUGCUCCCGUGAAACGAGACCUAGGAACCUGUCCAGUCUCCCGAGAUUAACUUGAGCUCUACACUCUGUUAAGAGAAAGGCUGACUCCCAAGAUCGCCCGUUACUACAUCUGUAGCAAUUAUGUAUCUGCUUUGAAACAUCAAUAGUACUCCUGAAGGAGUACGCAGCUCUGUUUCAUAGUUAUCUUAUUGAAAUUCAUCUAAUCUAGUCUAAUAUAUACUAUUUAG